GCACAGGAAGUCCGUUGUAGCGGAACGUCCUGCUUGGAGACCAGUGUCAAAUAAAGUUAUAAAGGCAUAAGAAAGUUUCAAGUUUUUUAAUGGCGAUGUCUGGUGAUCUGAGUAAGACUCCGGGGUCUCUGAUGGUCUGGGAUCGGUCCAGUUUCCUGGAUGAGAAGAACCGACUGAGUUCGCAGGUGGAGCAGCUGCACUUCAAUUACAAGGUGUCUGUGCUGCUGCCUGAGUGUUGCGCCGCCCCCUGUCACCUGGAUGCUGUGUUAAACAGUUUCAGCAGUUUCUACCUGAUCAGAAAUCUGCCGACAUACGAACUGCUGGACAAACACUUCCUGGAUAAUGCCGUGUACCAGGGUAGUGUGUACGGUGUGUCUUACAGGACCAGGAUAGAUGAAGAUGACUGCGUUGCUCUGAUGCCAAACGGUCACCUGUCUCUCUCUCUGAGUAAAGACUCCUUUGAGUUGUUGGGAGCUGAAGGGAAACCAUCGAGGUUCAACCACAGAACAAAGUGCAGAUUUGUAGUAUCAGUAGAUUUGAGUGACAGCAGCAUGGCUCCUGGUGGGCGGGGCUACCAGAGACUCCUCACAGGUCUGAGAUCGCGACUUCAACUGAAGACUGAUUUCCUGCUGUCACAUCAUCCAGGGGGUGGAGCCUCUCUGCAGGCCCUCCUGUCUCGUUACGAGUGGUCUGAACACAGACCCGAGGUCAGCAGCCACAUGCUGACAGAUCUGUCCUGUCCCGCCCUGCUGACCUCUGACCCGCAGUCAUGUGACCCUCACAGCAUUCUGGAGUGGGUUGGAGCUGUGGACGCUCGUGUCAGCUGUGACAACUCGUCCAACAGCUUCCUGUCCUCACUGGUCUGCCCUGAGCCAAAGACAACAUUGAGUCAAGCUCUGAGUGUCUCCAUCUGCGGACUGCUGCUUCCUCAGGACGUCCACCGACUCAUCCAGCAGAUCAGGUAUUACCUUGAGCAGCCUCACUCGGAGUCCUGGGUGUCACUGACCGUUCACGGUUUUGUUGACAGUCCAGUGUCGUGGGGGGGCAAUGAACACGGAUUCCUGAGAGGAGGAGAGAACUUCUACAGUCUGCUGAUGAUCCAUGACCACACUUACAGGCUCCACCUGGCUACAGGAGCGCACGACACCUGUCCGCCAUGAUGAUGUCAGCUGCUGGUUUCACUGGUGUUGGCUUGAGUUCUUUAGGUCUGUGGACCAGUUCUGUAUUUAUUUUUCUCUUUGGUUUUGUUGUAGAAACCUAAUUCUGGUCAGUUUGGAGUAAAAAGAAAUUAAGCUUCCAAAAA